AACUAAAAUUGAUUUAUGACAAAUAUCAAUUCUGUAAAAAUGAAAAUAUUUGUCAAUGCUGUUCAAAUGAUAAAUGUGAAUCAGAACAACUAUCGGUAGAUUCAAAAUGCGUAUAUGAAGAUAAAUCACUGGUAGAUUCAAAAUGUCCGUGUGCAAAUAAAUCUAAUGAAGGUUCAAUAUGUUCAUGUGAAGAGAAAUCGAAUGUGGAUUCAAAAUGUUCAAGUGAAAACAAACUGCUGAUAGAUUUAAAAAUCCCAGACGAAGACAAUUCACGGGCAGAUUCAAAAUGUCUGUGUGCAAAUAAAUCAAAUGAAGGUUCAAUAUGUUCAUGUGAAGAGAAAUCGAAUGUAGAUUCAAAAUGUUCGUGUGCAGACAAAUUACUGUUAGAGAACUCAGUAGAACUUGCCUGUGAAGGUCAAAUCUAUGGAAACGUACAAGAGUUGCUGCUUGCGAUUGAUGAAUAUUGCAAUUCAAAAACGUUAUGUAUUUCAAUUUUAACAAUAUUACAACAAUCAAAAUCGAAUAUUUGCAAUUUAACUGAAGAAAAUGACAACAUUAGAAAUGAUCUGUCACAAUGUCAAAGUGAUCUUGCAUGUUAUGUGAACAAAUUAAACCAAGAAAUAGAAAAGUCAAAAGAAAAAGAUUAUGAGAUACGCUCGAUGUACUCAGAUAAUACAUAUAUGGCAGAUGCGUUGAAAAAAAUUUUAAAAGAGAAUUCAAAUUUAGAGAACCGAUUACAACAAGUAACAGAAGAAUUGUGUUCUAUGAAAAAGGAUCAUGUAGAAUUAAUAAGUGAUUGCAAUGAUGAAUGCAUAUCAAGAGAAGUCUGUGAAAAGAAAAAGACACUUAAAAACAAUAUUAAAAUUAUAGAUGGAUUGGAAUAUAGUUUGUGUGAUAUGAAAGACCAGUUAAUAGAAACAGAAAAAUUGAAAAUGAGUAUACAAAAUAACGAACUAAAUAACAAAUUGGAAAUAGAAAAUGACAUAAAAAAUUGUCAUAAAAUCGAUGAUCUCUGUAAACGAAUUAUUCAAUUCGAAGCCGUUACUAAAGGUCUUGAGAUGCAAAACAAAACACAUAUAGUAGAAAUUGAUAAACUAAAAGAAGCAAAAUGUGUCGCAGAAAAAAAAUUUAAAGAAAAAAUUGAAGAUCUCAAUCGCACCAUUCAAGAGUUAAGAAAAGAAUUAGCCACUGCUAAAUUAGAUUCCGAAAAAACUGAAAAAUACUUGAAAAAUGAAAAAGACGUUGACAAAAAACGUUUUGAACAAAAAAUUUGUAAACUGGAAACUGAUAUUGAGAACUUAGAAACUGAACUUAAGUUUUAUAAAAGUGAAUAUGAUUCAUUAAUGACAAAAAAUCUGUUAAAUGAAAAAGAACUUUCAAAAUUCACUGAGAUGGUUCAACGAUUACAAACUCGCGAAUUUGAAUUGAAUAAAGAAAACGAAGAAAACAAAGAACAUGUGUCAACGCUAUGUAAAAAUGUGGAUGUAAUAGAACAACAACGUGAAGAAACAAUACAAAAAAACAAUGAAUUGACAGAUCAAAAUGAUAAUUUAAGAGCGGAAAAUGACGUACAGUGUAAAAUUAUCGAGGACUUGAAUAAUAAGGUCAUAUGUGUAGGAAAAAACGAAUCAAGUGUGCGAAAAGAUUUGGUUGUGCAUAAAGAAAAACUAAGGAGAGCGGACGAAAAAAUUACCAAUUUGAAUUCAGAAAUGAGCCACGUUAAAUGUGAAUUUCACAAAACUUGUGCCAAAUUGACUUGUACGGAACAAAAACUAAAGAAUACAGAGAGUAAACUGAACGAAGAGAUAUGUCUAAAAGAAAAAAUCACUGAGAAAUAUAGUAAUAUUGUCAAUUGUCUGACUACGAAUUGUGACAUGAAGCAAUCGAUAAAGCCAAUUUGUAUAUCUGCCGGAUGUCAAUAUGACAUAUCAGCAGAUGAUAAACAGAUCGGAGACUACUGCUGUUUUCCUGGUGAAAACAACAUGUCGUGUAAUAUUACAAAUUAUGACGAACGGGGACUAAACUGUGAAAACACUUAUUCAAUUAAAAUGACAAAGGAAUCUUCUCAUAUUGGUAUACAGACAAAUUUGUGUUGUCCUGAAACUGGACCACCUAUAGCCAAUUGUGGAAUGGUAUCAGUAAUUAUUGACGAAUCCUGUUCCAAUGAUAACGUCAUGUGCUGCCCUGAACCGUGUGACACCAAUAAAUGUGACUUUGGCCAAUGUGAAUCAAAUGACAGUUGCACGUGUCAAUGUGAGACACCACCACUUGAGACAACAUCUAAAUUAGAUUGUCAUUCAGUUGACUGUUCGCGUUCUGACAAAUCAGAACUCACGACAUCGUGUGAUUGUAUUGCUCUUUUCUUGGAAAAAGAAAACUUAAAAUCUCAACUGGCCGAGUCGACACAACUAUUAGAACAAUAUGGAAAGGACGCAGAGAAAAAAAUAUGUGAAAUUCAAGACGAACACUGCAAAAAGGAGUUUGAUAUGAAUGAAUCUUUCAAUAGGAAAACAUCACAAUACAAAAAAGAUAUGGAUGAACUUACCACACAAUUGGAAGAAUGCAAAGCAAAGAUUUUGUGUAUGGAAAAGGAAUUAAAUUGCUGUCUGGAAAGAGAAAAGCGACUAAAAAAAGAUAUGGAAAAACUAAAGGAAGCUAUAAAAUGCAAAGAUUCAAAAAUCAAUGAUGAAGAAAAUAAAAUGAAUACGAUGUGUGAAUGUUUGGAGGAAUGUAAAAAACAAUUCGAAACCCUGAAAUGCUCAUUGGAGUUGGAAAAAUCCACAAAAGAAGAAUUGGACAAACAAUUAGAACACAUAGUAGUUAAGCCCCAAAAGAAUAAUAGCAUUAAGAAGUUAAAGACACCCGAUAAAGUCGUGCGGAAAAACAAGGUAUCAAAGAAUUUUAAAAAAAAUGUGCAUGAUCCUUGCGAAGAUAAGAGAUUGAGGUCGGGAGCCGACCAUGACACGGGACACAAAUUCCGUGGCGCCGAACAAGAAAUGUAUCGUCGUCAUCGUGUUCGUCGUUUCAACGGCUAUACCCGGGACGACAGAAACUACUAUCCGGCUCAAGUUCGUUCUGACCCGAAAGGACUUGGUUACGGUGAUCCGGCGGCACAUUCGCUGCCGCCUCAGUUCGUUGAAUCGUUGCGGCAACAAGUGCGAAAAAAUGUCGGAUGUGACAACACCAAUUGUUACGUAAUGGGAUGCUGCAGCAAACUCUAUUUCCGGCAUUAGGUCCUCGUGUGUGGUGCUUAGUCAUAUCACGAUUACGUACAGCACGAUGUUAACAUUGACCCGUCAAAGAGGAUUGACUGCAUAUAAGCACGACGAGUUUAACUCACAAGAAAAAUUAUGAAUGUACAGAUUUCAGGGAAAUUAACACGGAUGUUCUUUUGAUAUUGGUUCUAUAAAAUCCAAAAACGAAUGUAUUUUAACUAUAAUUGUAUCUAUACUACACGUAUGAACGUAAGCUUCACACUUUAUAUGAUAGGCUACAACCAAAUAAAACAAUUAAGCUUGAGAAUAGUUAAUCUAUUUUUUAAGUAAGCAAACAAAAAUUGUAUUUUUGGUGAAUUUUAUUCUAUUUUUAUUAAGGCCUUUCAUCGUACUCGAUAUAAUUAACUACGAUUCUUCUGGUCAAAAGCCAAUAAAUUAAAAUUAUAACUUA